AUGCUACACAAAUGCACUUUAUUACUCUCUGCCAUCAUUGCCAGCGCUCUUAGCCCUGAUAUCUUCAGUCUACAAUUAUACAGCAUUUGGAUGGAGCAAGAUAAAGUAUUUAUGAAUUUAGCACUAAAAGAGGCCGAGGAAGCUUUGAAAAUAGAUGAGGUCCCCGUAGGAUGCGUAGUAAUAAGAGAUUUGAAUAGCGCAUGCGAGCAGAUCCAUGUACAAGCUGGAGAAAGUAGAGUUAUUGUAAAAUCACAUAACUUGACAAAUACACUUUCCGACCCACUAGCACAUGCAGAGUAUCUUUGCGUCAAGAUGCUCAUUGAAAGUAAAAUGCCGUUGGACGACCUUGUCUUUUACAUUACUCUUGAGCCUUGUGCCAUGUGUAUUGGAGUCUUGGAAAAAAUCAAUGCAAAGGUAAUAUUUGGAUACCACAAUGAUAUUUUUGGAGCAAGGAAAAUCUUAAACAAAAACUGUGGAAAGUGUGUAAAUGACAAGAGAUGCGUUGAAAUACUCAAAAAGUUCUAUGAAACGCCCAACAAGAGCACAGACCACCUAAGAAAAGCUGUUUAUCCUACCAAAUAA